AUGAUGGGGUCGUCAUCGUAUAAAGGUAUUAUUUUUAUGAUGAGCAAUUUAGUUUUACUAAUAUUUGCACGGGAAAGAGGAAAAAUGCUAUUGGAGUUCAAAUCAAAUUUUUCCUUCAUUCGUGUUCAUCAAAGUGGUUCCAUAAGAGAUUUACUCUUGGAUACAGAUGACAUCAACUAUGUACAGUCGGCAAUUAAUUUAAAAGAUCCACUGGAUCCUGUGUUUGAAUAUACAACAUUAUUAUUAGUCGGUUUAUUGUGGAAUCCUGAUCCUGUUCAGGUUCUAUUAAUUGGGCUUGGUGGUGGUGUCAUUCCUCGAACAAUGCGUAUAUACUAUCCCCAAACCGAAAUGGACAUUAUCGAAAUUGAUCCAGGAAUUCUUCGUGUUGCACAAGAUUAUUUCUUGUUCAAAACUGAUUCAAAAAUGAAUGUCUAUAUUGAAGAUGCACGAAUAUUUGUAAAAGAUUAUCAACGUAAAAGGUAUUAUGAUCUAAUUAUCAACGAUGCAUUUAACCAAGAUGAAGGUGAGAGUUAUGCAUGGUUUAAAUGA